GAUAGACAAUUGCUUGUAGAAUUUGAUGUUGUUAUUGAGGAAUUUUUACUUCUUCCGCAAGAGUGCCAGGCAAUCAUUGCAAACAUUACUAAGCAAAUGGGCAAUGGUAUGGCAGAUUUUGUAUCGAUUUCAGCUCGUGAUAAAUAUAGCAUAAUCACGUUACAAGAGUUUGAUAAGUACUGUUAUUAUGUUGCUGGACUCGUUGGAAUUGUAUUAUAUCAAUGGGAAUUUUUUCUGCAAAAACUAAACAUACUUCGAGAUUUUGUGGAGGAUCUGAGUGAAAAACGAAGGUUCUGGCCAAAAGAAAUUUGGCAUCAAUAUGUUUCAGAAAUUGAAGACUUAGUUCUUAUAGAAAACAGGCAAAAAGCCUUAAAUUGUCUUUCCGCUGUUGUGUUAAACACUUUACACCAUGUACCUGAUUGUUUGAGUUAUUUAGCUGAACUCGACGAUCCUGGUAUUUUUUCUUUUGCUGCAACACCACUUGCCAUAGGAUAUAGUACUUUAGCAUUUACUUUUAAAAAUUAUGAUUCUUAUAAGAAAGUCGUAAAAAUUAGGAAAGGAGAAGGUGCCAAGCUUGCCUUCAGAUGUACAAGUAUGUCUGAAGUUGCAAAAAUAUUUUUUGAAUACACUCAAGUAAUAAUUUCAAAAAAUAAUGAUCCACAAGAUCCAAGUUUUGCCAAAAUUAAUGAUAUUUGUGAACAG